AUGUCUGAUUCGUUAGCAACGCUGUUUGCACAGCCGUCCAGGAUCGACAACAAGGAGCUUGUUGCUCGUAAGAGAACGUUGGUGGACGUUCCAAAAUCUGAGGAAGAACAGGCCGCUCUGGACUCCGAGAAGGGCCCUUCCAAAAGAGCGAAAAGAGCUGCAGAUUUUGCUAAAGCUCGCAAAGAGUCCAGCUCUGGCACCAAGUCCGAGCCCAAAUAUGACCCGGAGCAGGAAAAGGAGAAGAACAAGCGCACAGUGUUCAUCGGAAACCUGCCAACAUCUGUUUUGUCGUCGAAAAAGGCCACAAAGUCGCUGAAAGCUGCAUUUUCCAAGUUUGGAAGCAUCGAGUCGCUCAGAUUCAGAUCUUUUGCUGUCCAGUCUAACAUCCCCCGUAAAGCCGCAUACAUCUUAAAGGACGUGAAAGAGGACGACUCCACGAACUGCUACAUGGUGUUCAAGAAUGAGGAGGACUCGCUCAAGGCUGUGGAGCUGAACGGAACCAUUUUCUUGGACCACUACAUCCGCGUUGACCAUGUGACGCAGCCGCUGAAGCAGGAAAACAAGCUUUCUGUGUUUGUGGGCAACCUGGAUUUUGAGGAGACCGAGCAGUCUCUGUGGAAAUUCUUCAAUGAAAAGUGUUCUCCGGACGGAACAAACGUGGUAGCCAAUGUUCGUCUGGUGAGAGACUCCAAGACCAACUACGGCAAAGGGUUUGCAAUUGUUCAGUUCACCGACACCAACUACGUUUCCAAGGCAUUGUUACUGAACAAACAGCUUCUGACAACGUCGAAAAAACCAAGAGAGCUCAGAAUCACCCGGUGCAAGACCCAGAUGGCUGGUCCUGUUAAGGAUAAAAAAUACGGAGCAGCUGUGAGGUCAGGAAAAGUGGUUCUUGAAGGAGAGAGAGCCAAGAAGGGGUCGCGUGUUAAGGGACUGAAAAGUGCGGGAGGUAAGAAGAAGCCUAGAAACCCAGAUGGAAGGGCUGCCAGAAGAAGCAAGGAGUUCAGCAAGAAGCAUGGUAAUUAG